UACACUUCCUCCCACAAACCAGCUGCACCCUCGUCUUGGCAUAGAAAUAUGGAGUAAGUACAACAGCUCUGCACUUACUCCACUGGACAAGUUCAGCCAUAUGUUAAUCCAGAAUUACCAUGUGCAUUUAAUUGUGCAUGAGCAGCAUCCAGCCAUCACCAGCAGCACUGAGGAAAAAGGAUGAAGAGCGCAGCCUUGGACAAAGUCGUCCCAGCAACCUUUGAGAAGCCGACACUUUGCCUUCUUGCUCUGGACUUUGUUUCGCCAACAACAUGCAGCAGAAUCGUGUUUCUCGUUGGUAUUUUGGUGGAGUCUCCUCCAGCGCAGCCGCCUGUCUGACACAUCCACUGGAUUUAAUUAAGGUGCACUUACAGACGCAGCAGGAGGUGAGGGUGAGGAUGGUCGGGAUGGCUGUUAACGUGGUGAGGAGAGAAGGUUUUCUGGCUCUCUACAGUGGCCUCAGCGCAUCCCUCUGCCGGCAGAUGACAUACUCUUUGUCACGGUUUGCCAUUUACGAAACUGUCAGGGAUGAGAUGAACAGGAAGAACAAAGGUGGCAUGCCUUUCUACCAGAAAGUCCUUCUGGGUGCAUUUGGAGGAUUUUUGGGUGGUUUCAUAGGGACGCCAGCUGACUUGGUGAAUGUCCGGAUGCAGAAUGAUGUCAAGCAGCCUGUAGAGCUCAGAAGAAAUUAUGCUCACGCACUAGACGGACUCCUGCGUGUUUGGAAGGAGGAGGGAAUGAGGAAACUGUUCUCUGGUGCGUCAAUGGCUUCUUCUAGAGGUGCACUGGUAUCCGUUGGACAGCUGUCUUGUUACGAUCAGUCCAAGCAGUUGGUUCUGGCAACUGGUUACCUGACUGACAACAUCCUCACUCACUUCCUGGCCAGUGUGUUUGCAGGGGGCUGUGCCACAAUCCUAUGCCAACCACUUGACGUUGUUAAAACAAGAUUAAUGAACUCAAAACUGGAGUAUGGGGGUGUGUUUCACUGUCUAACAGAAACAGCAAGACUGGGCCCGAAGGCAUUUUACAAGGGUCUUGUUCCUGCAGCUAUCCGUCUCAUCCCUCACACAGUCUUCACCUUCAUGUUCCUCGAACAACUGAGGCAGCAUUUCGGCACAGUGGUUGUCGCCUGAGACUGUUGAAGGGUACAAUUUCACCAGUGUUGGACAGCUUCUGUAAUAAUCCUGUUCUUACAAUACCAGCUCAGCAGGAGUCCACUAAUAACAAGAACCAGGAGGAAGACACACACCAAUGUACAUCUAAAAAACAAAACACAUUUUCAUGCAACAUUUUUCACCCAUAGUGCAAAAUGAAAGUGACUCAUGCAUUAUCAUGCAAGGCACAGAUAAGGCACUGCAGUGGGAAGAGUGAUUUUGUUUAUCUGUGUCUCCUACAGCAUACCAAACACAGAGGACUUGAUUUGUAAGGAUUGUGUUAACUUUAAACCAGGAACAUUACCUGUGGUGAAACGUACAGACACACGGAUUGUGAAAUGUAAACCUGUAGCCAGAGGUCUAUAAAGCUAAUAUCCACUGAUGAUGCUCUCUGUGACAUGCUCCAGGCAAUUACACUUUUUAAUACUAAGCCUUCUUUGCCCUCUUGGGGACAGUGUUACACUGAAAAAUAAUGUGUGUAUGUACUGUGUAUUUGUGUGUAACGAUGCAGAAAUUAAGCUUAUUUGUACCAGACCAGUUUUUGGUGACUAUUGCCAAAACAAUUAUUUUUGUACUGUGGAAAAUGUUUUCAGAUUUGUGGAGUUAAGAUAAUGGUGUUUAUCCCCAGGAGGACUUGUCUGAAGUAGUGCAUUCAGAACAAAUGCUGUAGUUUACACCAUGACUGAUUUAAUAAUUAAAAGAAUCUCUCCUUAUCUG